AUGCUGCAGUCGACUACAUCAAGGGAUCGUUCGCUUGAGAAUAGACUUGACAAACAAACCGAAAGUCAAGAAAUUUUCAAACCUGGAACGAACUUUUCGAUCGAAAAAGAUACUACUUCUCUUCCCAAUAGUCAAAUUAGUACAGACAAUGAGUCGGAAACGAAGAAACCACCGGUUUCCGAAAAAGCAGAAUACCCGAAAAGCGAAAGGAAUGGUAUCAAACAUAAAACAACUAAUCCCUGGAAAAAUAAUGAAGGAGUACAAAACGGCGCUACUAAAGAGACUAAUGGAAACAAAACGCAACCUGUCCGUAGUGAUUCUUUAGACAUCAAACUUAUGGAAAAAUCGGACAGUCCAAAUUCACCCUCAACAUCCGAAAUAAGUUCACAAUCAGAAUCAACUUCCAUAAUACAGGAUGAUACUAAAUCCAAAAACCACAUGGCCAUGUCUGAAGACGAAGUGCCUAUAGUCGAAAAUACGGAUAACAACAGGGUUAGAAAAAGACGACGUUGGGACGAUAGAGUGGAAAACGGAAACGAAGAAAACGGUUCCAUGGUAGUAGUACUCGAUGACGUCAUGGAACCAGACGAAAAUGAGAAACCUCGAGCUGAAGUGCAGAAUGACCUAAAACAAGUCGAACAGGAUUUUGCACAAUUGAGGGAUCAGUUAUAUCGUGAGCAAAUUGAAUUAUUGGAAAAACAAAUUAAUAUGAUAAAUGAAGGUAAGAAUGUGUAUUAUGAAUUUUGGACUGUUGAUAACGUUUUAUGUUUUAUAAGGUCUUAUCCGGAAUUGAAAUCUCGCAUGGAAGAAAUUGAACAAAAAAGACGAAGACGGCUAGAAAUUGCCGAAUCAAGAAAGAAAUAUCAAGUAAUCCAUUGUCAUAAACAAUAUGAAGAAGCCAAAUAUAAGGCAGAUUGCGAAUUUAAGUCGGAUAAAUACGAAUCACGAAGGAAGAAACUCGACGAUAUGGAAAGCAAAAGAUGGCAAUUGAUUAGGGAAAAAAAUUGCUUAGAUAUAUUGGGCCGAAUAGAAUAUUCCGGACCUGAUCAUAACCAUUUAACGCAUCGGAAAAAUAUGAAGUUAUCAAAUAUAGCAGAAUUAAAAUAUGUACAAACACACUAUGGCUUCCCGGCAGAUAUCCUUGAAUUUUAA